CCUUAUAAAUUCGAAAUCCUAUGAAGGUUAAGCAAUUGCCGAUAUGUUAUCCGAGUUGCAUGAACUUUGCUUAAGAUUUAAAUUUCUUGUUUACUCUUGUUUAAUGUUUUUUUGUUCAUUUGUUCUUAAACUUCUCAUUCUAAUAUCCUUUGUUUUCAUCAAGAAACGGUUUGGGUACUGCGUGCCACCAUGGAGUUCUGUUCAUACUGGAGGAUGCUAUGCACGAAAGAAGCGUUAGAGUCCAAAAAUACGAGUGUUUAUGGAAGAAGACCGCAGCAGACGAUGGCCCGGUACGCUUCAAGUUUAUUAAUAAAUGUGAACGAUCUUCUGCAUCUUCAAGGUGUCGAGAAACAAAAAGUUGAGUUCAAGAAAGCGUGGCAUGGAAAACAAGGACCACGAGGUACGUACUGGCAAGUCGUUCAUACAAUUUGCGCGUACGCCAACGACUUCUUCAAUGACAAUGGCGGAUACAUUAUCAUUGGUGUUGAUGAGAAAGAAACCUGGGAAGACUCAGACGAUCGUCAAGUCAAUUAUCCUCCGGUCGGUGUUUCGGCAAAAGAUCUUGAGAGGAUACAGAGGGAGAUAUUAGGGGCUUGCCGGGCCCAAAUAAAACCAGAUUAUCAUCCUGUACUUUCACCCGAAAUGGUUGAGUGCCCCGACGGAAUACGAAAGCAUGUGCUGGUUAUCUGGGCCAUGGCUUCUGAUAACAAACCUCACACAUGCAAAGAAAACGAGAAAGGAAGGGAUCUUUACUAUGUGAGGCAAGGAACAGAGACCAAGAUGGCGACCCCUGUGCAAAUCGAGGAGCUUUUGCGCCAAGGAAAUAAAAUUCCUUUUGAUGACAGGAGAGCAAUUGACUAUGAGCGAAGUGAAGAUGGUAGAUCAGUAUUGGAGUCCAUUCAAAAUGCCCACAAGCUGUUUGAGGCAAUGGGCGAUGUAACUCAAACAAAUUCUUACGUAGCAUUUCAGUUUGCGUGUUGCAAAUUUGAUUUAUAUAUUAACACGAUAAAUCAAACCGAUAAAUGCCAUAAUAAACAACACGAAAAACAUCGUGAUAGACAAGCAGACAGACAUCGUAAGGAUCUUAUACCCUACCUAAAAGAAGCAGAGGACUACGUCAACAAGGCAAUCCAGCUUACAAAUGAAGAAUACAAACAUCAUCAAGCAAUGCAGUAUCGCCAGCUUGGCUACAUUCAUUCUCAGCUGUACUUGAUUAAAAAAUCAACAGUGGCAAAGAUCACUGCUUUCUAUGACAAGGCUCGAAAAUACAAUCCAAAAAUUAAGAUCAGCCGAGUAUUCAUUCCACCAGAGUACCAGUCCCAAUACAUGCCAACGUUGCACAGCCUCGAGAGUCCACUUUCUGACACUUCUUUUGAGUGGUAG